AUGUGGGGACUAAAGACAGCAUUCCUCGCUGGUUUGGGCAGUGCCCAAUAUGCAGAUCCCAUGGGCGCAACUCACGAUGACGUUGCCCCAGACUAUAUCAAGACCUUUACAGACGCUUCAAGUGACUCUUGCAUGCAGCAAUGUCUCGACCUCCAAGCGAUGACCACGACUCCUCAUCACUCGAACAUUUUCUGCCACCAAGCUUCCGAUUACGGCUGGGAGCCAAAUAAGCCCACAUGGGAAGUGUUGAUGGAAGUCCGCUGCCAAAUCGGAAUCUGGAAGAAUUACCCAGAUAACUACGUUCCCCAUUACGGCCAAAAAUAUGGAAAGAGAAAGAGAAGAAGUUUUCAUGAGUUUUUCCCAUCCAGUAGCUCCAGCAGUUCUGGAUCAUCAAGCCAGUCCUCCAGUUCGGGCAACAACAAUUCCGGUAACUCCGGAAACUUUGUCUGGGACGGUGGAAACGGUGAAGAAGCUCACAGCAACAGAGAUCUUUCGUGGCAGCACAAACCAAGAUGGUUCUACUGUAAUCAAGGAGCCUGGAUUAAUAAAGAAAAGUCUCUCUAUGAACUUGAGAACUCCUUCGCCAUCAAGGACAAUAUGGCAGAAUGCACUCAUCUUCACGGACCAUUUGACUUCAACGACGGAUGCAACAUCGAAAAGUAUGAUUGGUUCCCGGGAUGGUACGAGUGCGAGUACCAGCCAUACCCAUCUUCUCAUCAAUACUACAAUGCUGCUGUUCAUGGCUCUUACAACAGAGGCGAGGGCGAAGCAGUUCGAUCCGAAGAAGAAGCCCGCUCAAUUUGGGGCACAGAAGCUGGAUACUUGAAGGUUUGCAAAGUCCAGUGCCCAGCACCUAGUGUUCCAAGAGAAAUUCUCGCUGACGGAAGCGUCGGAACUAUCACUUGCGACUUGCGAACUGGAGAAUGGUCGCCAGCUCCUCCACAAGGAUGUGAUGAACCAUUUGGUAGAGGUCAUCAAUGCGCUAAUCCACAGUCUCAAACUUCAAACCAGUUUAAUUGGCACGGGCGAUGGGAAUGUGAGGGCCCACACGGUCAUACUUACGAACCAAAACCAUCAUACAGUGGUUACAACCCAGGUUAUCAGCCAGGUUACAACCCAGGCUAUCCUUCUUCGUACAAUGGAGGCUACGACCCAUAUGGCCGAAGACGUCGAGAUACCGAGCAUAGUGAAGGAGAAGGCGAAGAGGGUGAGCGAGGAUACUACGGUUCUCCUUCCUACCCAUCAUCCUCGUAUCCAUCAAGCUCUUACUCUGCGCCAUCUUAUCCAUCCAGCGGAUAUCCAUCAAACUAUCCCGCACCAUCAUACUCUGGUUCUCCCUAUGCCAGCAACUACCAGCACUACUCAGCAUACAGUUACUCGCCACCUAAGAAGACUUAUACAAAGAGUGGGCCAUAUGGAUAUGGCUAUGAUGCCUCUAUUCACGGACAAACACAUUGCCAUCUCACUUGUGAUCCUGGUUUUGUCUCUUCUACGUGCGACACUGAGCUCACAUGCGACCCAACUAACUGGCCAUCGUGGGGACCAGACGUCAACCCACCGGUGUGUGUUCCUCGAGAGAUGAAGGCUUGCCCAAGAGAUUGCGAUUUCGAGCCGUCAGUUGUCGAGAACGGCAUGUACUUGUGCACUCGACUCCCAGGAGCUUGGAAGACUGAGUGUGUCCUUCAGUGCCAGGAAGGACUCAACCAUCGUGGCCUCAGCUACGUAGUUGACGAUACUGACAUGUCAAUUCUCACAUGCAACUCCGAUGACAAAUGGCUCAAUGCUCUCGGUGCUAAUGGUACUGUUACUCACUGCGUCGAAGCACCUUCGAAAUGCCCAACUUCGGCCGCCCAAGUUGGCGCUCUCUUCGACGCUGGCACUGGCGGCAGCUUUGAUACAAAUAUCAAUGGAGGUAUUGUCGAUGUUACUCUCAAAUGCGAACAAGGACAUCGACCAGAAGUCUUCUCCAAGACAACAACCCGAUGUUACGACGGAAACUGGCUGUCUGACAUCACCCGAUGCAUUGAGGACAAAGAUUAUUGCCUCGAUGGACACCCACAGCUCACGACUAACACUACUGAGAUUAAUGGACAAUGGGAAUGUACUCGAACUUCUGUCACCGGCAUCGAAGUCGUUUAUUCUCAAGACCAGCGAACUGAGCUCUUUGAUGAAGCCGAGCGAAGCUAUGGUUACGAUACCAACUACAAUGAAUACAAUCAGGAUCACAUUCUCUCUGCUCAGGCCAAAUGGACUUGCAGAUUGAUCUGUGAUCAAGGAUUUAUGGUUUCUUACGAUUCAGUAACAACUUGCACUGAUUACAUCGGAACAUCAUGGGAUCUCAGCCCAUUCCCAGUUUGUGAGGCAAAGCCUGUCUGUGAUGUUCCAUCUGAAGAUGUUUGCACUGAUUGGGACUGCUCAAAACAAUUUUACAACCAGAACGCCAUCCAAGGUACCUACGGAAACUCUCAGUACAGCUAUCACAACUACGGAUACAUGCCAGCAAAGAACAGCUACUGGCCAGAGAAAUUCUAUGCAAGCUCUCCAAACUACCAACAGUACUACAAACCCAACGCGUAUGGUUACGUUGCUGGCUACCAACAUCCUUACCAUCACUUGUACUCUCAUGUUACUUACAACGCCGGAAGUAUGUACUACUCCAACGUCUACAAGAAAUACAACUCUUACUCUUCAUCUUCUACGACCUAUACAUCGACUCAGCACCAUUACGUUGGCCGAAGAAGUGUCGAUGAUGACCCAAUGGAUAGAUGGGAAUGGGACGACGAUAUCCAAGAAGUCCAGCGUUGUGUUCCACUUUGUAAAGACAACUGCAUUUCUGUCUCUGGAAUCACUGCCUACCACUGUUUUGUUGAAACCGCCACCUGGGAUGCUGCUCCUGUACGAUGCUGCCCAGAUGUUCAUGCUAUUGAGAACCCUGACGAAACCUGCGCCAUCGAUCUUGAAACAACUGAGGGAACCGCUUGGGAUAUGGUUGUUGCACCAUCAUGGACCACUGGUGCCGGUAGCACAAUGAAUGUCACUGAUAAUGCUGAAAAGCUAGUUGCUGGUUCUUACACUUGUACCAAUCUUACUGACGUUUCUGUCCGAUACGAGGUUGUUGCUGGAAAUGGAGGCAUGAACUCAUAUGGUCACGAGCCCUACAACUACAACCAAUACAAAUAUAAGCAAUACUGGGAUGGAUACUAUUGCUCUUACCCAGAAAGCUACGAUUCUUACGAAAACAUCCCUUACGGUCGAAAGCGAAGAAGUCUUCAUACCUUCGGUCUACCAUCUGGAUCCUCUAGCUCUAGCUCUGGCUCAUCCAGCUCAAGCUCUCAGCCAGCUCAAUCAUCUUCCAGUAGUUCUUCAUCCAUGCCAUCUCAUUCAACUUCUGGUUCUUCUUCUGGGUGGGCUACUGGACAACCUGCUUACUAUGGACCCGCUCCAACUCAUCCAGACUGUGUCGUCAUCAAAGAAAAGCUCUGUACUCUCACCUGCCCAGAUGGAGAAGUCCCAGCUCUUGGACAUGACACUUCUGUCUGUCAUGAGUAUGCUAAUGGUUCUCAAAAGUGGGUGAAGAAAUUGACUCACUGCGUGAAUUCUGCCGAUAUCAUGGCUGUUUUGGUUGAUCCUCCAGCACAGCCCGCAAAUACUGGUCUUGAAACCUGGGCUCCAUCAAAAGAAGCAGCUCCAGCUCCAUCUUCUCCACAGAAGAACACCAACCUUUCACCAAAAGAAAUCAAGAAGGCCCAAAAAGCAGCCAAGAAAGCCGCCAAGAAGAAGAAGAAGGCCGAGAAGAAAGCCAAAAAGAAGGCUGCCAAGAACAAGAAAAAGAAGAACCGAGACAACAAAAAGAAGAACCGAUCUGAGAUGAAAUUCCAGAUGCGAGUACGCAAGCAGAAUUCUCGACUCAGCGCUCGAGCCCUUCGACGAAACCCGAAUCUGAACUAUGGCUACUAA